AUGACAACCAUGCCAAUGCAGGCGGUGGUGGGGUCGAAUUUCCGGGUUUCUGAAAUGGGAUAUGAGAAUUCAAUGGUGGAGAUAGGUUACUCAGGUAACCAGAUAACACUGCCAAUGCCCGUUCAAGCUGCGGCCACCACUUCUUCUGACUCCCAGGUGGGUGGUGGAAGGAAGCGGCGAUUCACAGAUGAGAUGAUGGAGAAGACUAUUGAAAGGAGGCAAAGGAGGAUGAUCAAGAAUCGCGAGUCGGCUGCUAGGUCAAGGGCAAGGAAACAGGCCUACACCAAUCAGUUGGAGCAUGAUGCAUUUCAACUAAGGAGAAUAAAUGAUUGGCUCAAAAAGCAGAAGAAUCCCUUGGAAAGCAAAACCAGCACCGGAAGCUUCAUGUCAAAACAUGUUCGAUUCUUUGAUCCAUUGUAUAAGAGCAAUUAG